AUGGCUAUACCAUCAAGUACUGAUGUUGCAGAUACUUUACUGAGUUCAACUGCAACUCUGGAUUCACUGAACAUAAGUGCUAAUUCUAUCACAGUUAAUGGUACAGCAAUUACAAUGGAAACCUCUACUGCUGAACCAGCAACUAGUAUCUCAACAACUCUUACUGGAACAUUCAGUACUAGUGAAGCAGUUACCACAACAGCAUCUUCCACUUUUGAUUCGACCACUCUCUCUUCAGCUACAUUUGAAAUUUCAACUGUUAAUACAGCUGAAACAUCCUCAACAAUGGGACCCUCAACGACAAAAAUUAAUUCAGCUGGAACUUACACCACUAAUGGAGAUGAUACCACAACAGCACCACAGUCUAACAUUGCAUCAACUGGCCCCUUUUCAGCUGCCUUUGAAAGUUCAACUGUUAGUACAGCUGUAACACCUACAAAAUCCUCCUUAGUAACCACAAAUAAUGUUGCUAGAACGUCCAACACUAAUGGAGUUGAUACUACAACAGCACCACAAUCAACAGGGUCUACCUUUUCAUCAACUGCUUCCUCUUCAACUCCAUUUGAAAGUUCAACUAUUACUACAGCUGUAACAUCUACAACACCCUCUUCAGAAGCCACAACUUAUGCCACUUCAACAUUAUCCUUGGUAACCACAACUAAUGCCGCUGAAACAUCCACCACUAAUGGAGUUGAUACCACAACAUCACCAUACUCAACAGGGUCUACCUUUUCAUCAACUGCUUCCUCUUCAACUCCAUUUGAAAGUUCAACUGUUAGUACAGCUGUAACGUCUACAACACCCUCUUCAGGAACCACAACUUAUGCCACUGAAACAUCCACCACUAAUGGAGUUGAUACCACAACAGCACCACACUCGACAGGAUCUACCAUUUCAUCACCUGCUUCCUCUUCAACUCCAUUUGAAAGUUCAACUGUUAGUACAGCUGAAACAUCUUCAACAUCAUCCUUGGUAACCACAACUUAUGCCACUGGAACAUCCACCACUAAUGGAGUUGAUACCACAACAUCACCACAACCAACUGUGUCUACAUUUGCAUCAACUGCUCCUUUUUCAACUGCAUUUGAAAGUUCAACAGUUAGUACAGCUGAAACAUCUACAUCACCAUCUUCAGAAACCACAACUUAUGCCACUGGAACAUCCACCACUAAUGGAGUUGAUACCACAACAUCACCACAAUCAACAGGAUCUACAUUUUCAUCAACUGUUUCUUCUUCAAUUUCAUUUGAAAGUUCAACUGUUAGUACAGCUGAAACAUCUACAACACCCUCUUCAGUAACCACAACUUAUGCCACUGGAACAUCCACCACUAAUGGAGUUGAUACAACAACAUCACCAAAAUCAACAGCGUCUACCUUUUCAUCAACUGCUUCUUCUUCAACUCCCUUUGAACGUUCAACUGUUAGUACAGCUGAAACAUCAACAACACCCUCUUCAGAAACCACAACUUAUGCCACUGGAACAUCCACCACUAAUGGAGUUGAUACCACAACAGCACCACACUCAACAGUGUCUACACUUGCAUCAACUGCUUCUUCGUCAACUCCCUUUGAAAGUUCAACUGUUAGUUCAGCUGAAACAUCUACAACACUCUCUUCAGUAACCACAACUUAUGCCACUGGAACAUCCACCACUAAUGGAAUUGAUACAACAACAACAUCACCACAAUCAACAGGGUCUACCUUUUCAUCAACUGCUUCUUCUUCAACUCCAUUUGAAAGUUCAACUGUUAGUACAGCUGAAACAUCUACAACAACACCCUCUUCAGUAACCACAACUUAUGCCACUGGAACAUCCACCACUAAUGGAGUUGAUACAACAACAUCACCACAAUCAACAGGGUCUACCUUUUCAUCAACUGCUUCUUCAACUCCAUUUGAAAGUUCAACUGUUAGUACAGCUGAAACAUCUACAACACUCUCUUCAGUAACCACAACUUAUGCCACUGGAACAUCCACCACUAAUGGAAUUGAUACAACAACAACAUCACCACAAUCAACAGGGUCUACCUUUUCAUCAACUGCUUCUUCUUCAACUCCAUUUGAAAGUUCAACUGUUAGUACAGCUGAAACAUCUACAACACCCUCUUCAGUAACCACAACUUAUGCCACUGGAACAUCCACCACUAAUGGAGUUGAUACAACAACAUCACCACAAUCAACAGGGUCUACCUUUUCAUCAACUGCUUCUUCAACUCCAUUUGAAAGUUCAACUAUUAGUACAGCUGAAACAUCUACAACACCCUCUUCAGUAACCACAACUUAUGGCACUGGAACAUCCACCACUAAUGGAGUAGAUACAACAACAUCACCACAACCAACCGAGUCUACAUUUGCAACAACUGCAUUUGAACUUUCAACAGUUAGUACAGCUGAAACAUCUACAACAUCAUUUUCAGUAACCACAACUUAUGCCACUGGAACAUCCACCACUAAUGGAGUUGAUACAACAACAGCACCACAAUCAACAGGGUCUACCUUUUCAUCAACUGCUUCUUCUUCAACUCCAUUUGAAAGUUCAACUGUUAGUACAGCUGAAACAUCUACAACACCCUCUUCAGAAACCACAACUUAUGCCACUGGAACAUCCACCACUAAUGGAGUUGAUACAACAACAUCACCACAAUCAACAGGGUCUGCCUUUUCAUCAACUGCUUCUUCUUCAACUCCAUUUGAAAGUUCAACUGUUAGUACAGCUGAAACAUCUACAACACUCUCUUCAGUAACCACAACUUAUGCCACUGGAACAUCCACCACUAAUGGAGUUGAUACAACAACAUCACCACAACCAACUGUGUCUACAUUUGCAUCAACUGCUCCUUUUUCAACUGCAUUUGAAAGUUCAAUAGUUAGUACAGCUGAAACAUCUACAUCACCAUCUUCAGAAACCACAACUUAUGCCACUGGAACAUCCACCACUAAUGGAGUUGAUACAACAACAUCACCACAAUCAACAGGAUCUACAUUUUCAUCAACUGUUUCUUCUUCAAUUUCAUUUGAAAGUUCAACUGUUAGUACAGCUGAAACAUCUACAUCACCAUCUUCAGAAACCACAACUUAUGCCACUGGAACAUCCACCACUAAUGGAGUUGAUACAACAACAUCACCACAAUCAACAGGGUCUGCCUUUUCAUCAACUGCUUCUUCUUCAACUCCCUUUGAAAGUUCAACUGUUAGUACAGCUGAAACAUCUACAACACCCUCUUCAGAAACCACAACUUAUGCCACUGGAACAUCCACCACUAAUGGAGUUGAUACAACAACAGCACCACAAUCAACAGGAUCUACCUUUUCAUCAACUGCUUCCUCUUCAACUCCAUUUGAAAGUUCAACUGUAAGUACAGCUGAAACAUCUACAACACCCUCUUCAGAAACCACAACUUAUGCCACUGGAACAUCCACUACUAAUGGAGUUGAUACAACAACAACAUCACCACAAUCAACAGGGUCUGACUUUUCAUCAACUGCUUCUUCUUCAACUCCAUUUGAAAGUUCAACUGUUAGUAUAGCUGAAACAUCUACAACACCCUCUUCAAAAACCACAACUUAUGCCACUGCAACAUCCACCACUAAUGGAAUUGAUACAACAACAUCGCCACAAUCAACAGGAUCUACCUUUUCAUCAACUGCUUCCUCUUCAACUCCAUUUGAAAGUUCAACUGUUAGUACAGCUGAAACAUCUACAACACCCUCUUCAGAAACCACAACUUAUGCCACUGGAACAUCCACCACUAAUGGAAUUGAUACAAUGACAUCACCACAAUCAACAGGAGCUACCUUUUCAUCAAUUGCUCCCUCUUCAACUCCAUUUGAAAGCUCAACUGUUAGUACAGCUGAAACAUCUACAACACUCUCUUCAGUACCCACAACUUAUGCCACUGGAACAUCCACCACUAAAGGAAUUGAUACAACAACAUCACCACAAUCAACAGGAUCUACCUUUUCAACAACUGCUUCCUCUUCAACUCCAUUUGAAAGUUCAACUGUUACUAUAGCUGAAACAUCUACAACACUCACUUCAGAAACCACAACUUAUGCCGCUGGAACAUCCACCACUAAUGGAAUUGAUACAACAACAUCACCACAAUCAACAGGGUCUGCCUUUUCAUCAACUGCUUCCUCUUCAACUCCAUUUGAAAGUUCAACUGUUAGUUCAGCUGAAACAUCUACAACACCCUCUUUAGAAACCACAACUUAUGCCACUGGAACAUCCACCACUAAUGGAGUUGAUACAACAACAUCACCACAAUCAACAGGGUCUGCCUUUUCAUCAACUGCUUCCUCUUCAACUCCAUUUGAAAGUUCAACUGUUAGUUCAGCUGAAACAUCUACAACACCCUCUUUAGAAACCACAACUUAUGCCACUGGAACAUCCACCACUAAUGGAAUUGAUACAACAACAUCACCACAAUCAACAGGAUCAACCUUUUCAUCAACUGCUUCCUCUUCAACUCCAUUUGAAAGUUCAACUGUUAGUAUAGCUGAAACAUCUACAACACCCUCUUCAGAAACCAAAACUUAUGCCACUGGAACAUCCACCACUAAAGGAAUUGAUACAACAACAUCACCACAAUCAACAGGAUCUACCUUUUCAACAACUGCUUCCUCUUCAACUCCAUUUGAAAGUUCAACUGUUACUAUAGCUGAAACAUCUACAACACUCACUUCAGAAACCACAACUUAUGCCGCUGGAACAUCCACCACUAAUGGAAUUGAUACAACAACAUCACCACAAUCAACAUGGUCUGCCUUUUCAUCAACUGCUUCCUCUUCAACUCCAUUUGAAAGUUCAACUGUUAGUUCAGCUGAAACAUCUACAACACCCUCUUUAGAAACCACAACUUAUGCCACUGGAACAUCCACCACUAAUGGAGUUGAUACAACAACAUCACCACAAUCAACAGGGUCUGCCUUUUCAUCAACUGCUUCCUCUUCAACUCCAUUUGAAAGUUCAACUGUUAGUUCAGCUGAAACAUCUACAACACCCUCUUUAGAAACCACAACUUAUGCCACUGGAACAUCCACCACUAAUGGAAUUGAUACAACAACAUCACCACAAUCAACAGGAUCAACCUUUUCAUCAACUGCUUCCUCUUCAACUCCAUUUGAAAGUUCAACUGUUAGUAUAGCUGAAACAUCUACAACACCCUCUUCAGAAACCAAAACUUAUGCCACUGGAACAUCCACCACUAAUGGAGUUGAUACAACAACAGCACCACAAUCAACAGGGUCUACCUUUUCAUCAACUGCUUCUUCUUCAACUCCAUUUGAAAGUUCAACUGUUAGUACAGCUGAAACAUCUACAACACUCUCUUCAGUAACCACAGCUUAUGCCACUGGAACAUCCACCACUAAUGGAAUUGUUACAACAACAUCACCACAAUCAACAGGGUCUACCUUUUCAUCAACUGCUUCUUCUUCAACUCCAUUUGAAAGUUCAACUGUUAGUUCAGCUGAAACAUCUACAACACUCUCUUCAGUAACCACAGCUUAUGCCACUGGAACAUCCACCACUAAUGGAAUUGAUACAACAACAUCACCACAAUCAACAGGAUCAACCUUUUCAUCAACUGCUUCCUCUUCAACUCCAUUUGAAAGUUCAACUGUUAGUAUAGCUGAAACAUCUACAACACCCUCUUCAGAAACCACAACUUAUGCCACUGGAACAUCCACCACUAAUGGAGUUGAUACAACAACAACAUCACCACAAUCAACAGGGUCUGCCUUUUCAUCAACUGCUUCUUCUUCAACUCCAUUUGAAAGUUCAACUGUUAGUACAGCUGAAACAUCUACAACACUCUCUUCAGUAACCACAACUUAUGCCACUGGAACAUCCACCACUAAUGGAAUUGAUACAACAACAUCACCACAAUCAACAGGAUCAACCUUUUCAUCAACUGCUUCAUCUUCAACUCCAUUUGAAAGUUCAACUGUUAGUACAGCUGAAACAUUUACAACACUCUCUUCAGUAACCACAACUUAUGCCACUGGAACAUCCAACACUAAUGGAAUUGAUACAACAACAUCACCACAAUCAACAGGAUCAACCUUUUCAUCAACUGCUUCCUCUUCAACUCCAUUUGAAAGUUCAACUGUUAGUAUAGCUGAAACAUCUACAACACCCUCUUCAGAAACCACAACUUAUGCCACUGGAACAUCCACCACUUAUGGAAUUGAUACAACAACAUCACCACUAUCGACAGGAGCUACCUUUUCAUCAACUGCUUCCUCUUCAACUCCAUUUGAAAGCUCAACUGUUAGUACAGCUGAAACAUUUACAACACUCUCUUCAGUAACCACAACUUAUGCCACUGGAACAUCCACCACUAAUGGAGUUGAUACAACAACAACAUCACCACAAUCAACAGGGUCUGCCUUUUCAUCAACUGCUUCUUCUUCAACUCCAUUUGAAAGUUCAACUGUUAGUACAGCUGAAACAUCUACAACACUCUCUUCAGUAACCACAACUUAUGCCACUGGAACAUCCACCACUAAUGGAAUUGAUACAACAACAUCACCACAAUCAACAGGAUCAACCUUUUCAUCAACUGCUUCCUCUUCAACUCCAUUUGAAAGUUCAACUGUUAGUACAGCUGAAACAUUUACAACACUCUCUUCAGUAACCACAACUUAUGCCACUGGAACAUCCAACACUAAUGGAAUUGAUACAACAACAUCACCACAAUCAACAGGAUCAACCUUUUCAUCAACUGCUUCCUCUUCAACUCCAUUUGAAAGUUCAACUGUUAGUAUAGCUGAAACAUCUACAACACCCUCUUCAGAAACCACAACUUAUGCCACUGGAACAUCCACCACUAAAGGAAUUGAUACAACAACAUCACCACAAUCAACAGGAUCAACCUUUUCAUCAACUGCUUCUUCUUCAACUCCAUUUGAAAGUUCAACUGUUAGUUCAGCUGAAACAUCUACAACACCCUCUUUAGAAACCACAACUUAUGCCACUGGAACAUCCACCACUAAUGGAGUUGAUACAACAACAUCACCACAAUCAACAGGGUCUACCUUUUCAUCAACUGCUUCUUCUUCAACUCCAUUUGAAAGUUCAACUGUUAGUAUAGCUGAAACAUCUACAACACCCUCUUCAGAAACCACAACUUAUGCCACUGGAACAUCCACCACUAAUGGAAUUGAUACAACAACAUCACCACAAUCAACAGGGUCUACCUUUUCAUCGACUGCUUCCUCUUCAACUCCAUUUGAAAGUUCAACUGUUAGUACAGCUGAAACAUCUACAACACCCUCUUCAGAAACCACAACUUAUGCCACUGGAACAUUCACCACUAAUGGAGUUGAUACAACAACAACAUCACCACAAUCAACAGGGUCUGCCUUUUCAUCAACUGCUUCUUCAUCAACUCCAUUUGAAAGUUCAACUGUAAGUACAGCUGAAACAUCUACAACACUCUCUUCAGUAACCACAACUUAUGCCACUGGAACAUCCACCACUAAUGGAAUUGAUACAACAACAUCACCACAAUCAACAGGAUCAACCUUUUCAUCAACUGCUUCCUCUUCAACUCCAUUUCAAAGUUCAACUGUUAGUACAGCUGAAACAUCUACAACACCCUCUUCAGAAACCACAACUUAUGCCACUGGAACAUCCACCACUAAUGGAGUUGAUACAACAACAACAUCACCACAAUCAACAGGAUCAACCUUUUCAUCAACUGCUGCUUCUUCAACUCCAUUUGAAAGUUCAACUGUUAGUACAGCUGAAACAUCUACAACACCCUCUUCAGUAACCACAACUUAUGCCACUGGAACAUCCACCACUAAUGGAGUUGAUACAACAACAGCACCACACUCAACAGGAUCUAUGUUUUCAUCAACUGCUUCUUCUUCAACUCCCUUUGAAAGUUCAACUGUUACUACAACUGUAACAUCAACAACACCCCCUUCAGUAACAACAACUUAUGCCACUGGAACAUCCACCACUAAUGGAGUUGAAACAACAACAGCACCACAAUCAACAGGGUUUCCUUUUACAUCAACUGCUCCCAUUUCAACAACAUUUGAAGGUUCAACUUUUAGUACAACUGCAACAUCUACAACACCAUUCUCAAUCUUCACAACAAAUGUGGCUAAAACAUCCACCACCAAUAGAGGUGAAAUCACAACAUCUCCACAAUCAACAGUCUCUACUGUUGCUUCAACCACUUCCUCUUCAUCUACUUUUAAAAGCACCACUGUUAACACAGCUGGACCAUUCACCACACCACCAACUUUAAGAACAUCAGGUCCCUCAACAGCCAGAUUAAGCCACAUCACUACUGCAGUGCCGCAAACAACAGUAACAACUCAUAAGUCAAUGAUUUCCAUCUCGUCUUCAACUGUUAGUGCAGCCAAAACAUCUGUAGCAACAAAAACAUCCAACACAACUAAAGCAAAUACAACUACUACUGCAUCAGUCACAAAAUCUAGAACAACAACAUCCAACACAACUAAAGCUAAUACAACUUCUACUCCAUCAGUCACAAAAUCUAGAACAACAACAUCCAACACAACUAAAGCAAAUACAACUACUACUGCAUCAGUCACCAAAUCUAAAACAACAACAUCCAACUCAACUAAAGCAAAUACAACUACUACUGCAACAGUCACAAAAUCUAGAACAACAACAUCCACCACAACUAAAGCAACAAAACCUACUACUGCAGCAGUCACAAAAUCAAGAAAAACAACAUCCAACACAACUAAACCAAAAAAAACUACUACUGCAGCGGUCACAAAAUCUAAAACAACAACAUUCACCACAAAUAAAGCAAUUACUACAACUACUACUGCAGCAGGAGCUGAGGUGUUGACAGAUCUGGAGUUUAGUUCAAAUGAAACAUUUACAAUUGAUCUCUCCGAUUCAAACUCUGAAGGCUUUAAGGCAAGAGUUAAGCUUCAGAGGGAAACGCUUGAACCACUCUUCAAAAAAUUGUAUCCUUCAUCCUUCAAAAGAUUGAAUGUCUUGAGGUUCAGGGCUGGAUCAAUUAUUAGUUCAACCCAACUAGUUUUCAACUACACAUCCCAACUCCCAACCACUCAAGAGAUCAAAAAUGAUCUCAUAAAAGCAGCAGAAACAGGAGAAGUCAAUGUGCUGAACAUAAUACCCAGCUCAAUUGGAGUCAACAAUACAGUUUCAGUUACAACUGCAGCAACGACAACCACUUCAAGUGGACCCAAGAUUGAAUUCAGUCUUCUCCAAGCAAUAUUCAUCAUUAUUAUGACAAAAAUAUUAAGACUUUACCUGUAGAUUCUUUAAUCAACCAAAUGUAAGAGUUUAGCGUGAUAUGCUCAAAUGAUUUAAAUGGCAAAUUUUAUUACAUUUUAUACAGUGUUUACAGUUGAAGCAUACAAUAUGCAAAUAUGUCUGAUAUUGUACUUUUCCUCAAGAAUAUAAAUUAAAACAAUAUGUUAAUUUAACAGCAGGCUGUUGGAAUAAUAAGGGAAAUUAUAUCUUAGAUUUUAUUGCUUUCAUUUGGAGGAGAGAAGUAGACCUUUUUUCCUCUGCAAUGUUUAUUUUCUAAUGAAAGCAGUUAUUUAUCAACGGUACUUUUUCUAGUAUGUGCUAUUGUUAUAAAAUGUCAUAUUUUAUUUUAAUCCAUUGAACAUAUUUAUUACAUGUGUAUAAUAUAUAUAAUGCUAAAUAAUGCACAUUAUCGUUAUAUUAAAACACCUAAUAAACUACCAUUUGCUUAUAUCUCUGAUUCUGUAAUUAAAUUUAGUAGUGCUACAUUAUGAGUUAAACCCAGUUGGCAUGGUUUUAUGGCACUACAGUCAGAUAUGCUUCACUUUAUCGGGGCGCGACAAUAAGGAUAGCCCGAUGGCUUGAAAGAUGCAUUGCAUUAAAGCCUUUGCAAAUUUAAAUAUUCAAUCAAAGAAGAUGAAACAGAUGUCAUUGAUUGCGCUACUCAUGCGCUGUUUGAGAAGAUUUGUGCGUGUGCACAUUCAAAGCAAGCACCCAGAAAGCCGCAUCUCAAGACAGUAAGCAUAUACGCACAAAUACUGAGUUCACAUUUUCUUGCAUUUUUGUGUAAAGUUAUCUCUUAAAGUGCCAUAAUUAUCCUUGUAAAUAUAGUCAGUUAUGUAAAUGUUAACUUGUUAAACGUUAAUGUUAAAUGUUAACAGUUCAAAGAAAAUAAAACGCAGU